UACUCCGCAGAAACUCAAGUGCAGUGCAGCACCUCAUCCUCCAGAGCCGUCCUGUUCUUCUCUCGGUAAAGGGGAUGAUUCUGAACACUUAAAGACGAGGCCACAACUUUUAAUCAACCACCACUCUUUACGCAUUUAAAAACAGUUACAGAGAAUCUGUAAACCUCGAAGGUUUUUCGAAACAUUGAAGCGAACGGGCCCGAGAGCACAAUGACCAACGAAGAACCUCUGCCCAAGAAGGUUCGCCUCACUGAAUCUGAUUUGAAGACCUUGACCAGAGAGGAGCUGUGUACACGGUGGAAGCAGCAUGAAUCAUAUGUCCAGGUCUUGGAGACUAAAUAUGCAGAGCUGUGUUCCAACGACGUCCCGGGCCUGAAGGAGUCUGAGGAAAAGCUAAAGCAGCAGCAGCAGGAGUCGGCUCGGAGGGAAAACAUCCUGGUCAUGCGACUUGCCACCAAGGAGCAGGAGAUGCAGGAGUGCACAACACAGAUCCAGUACCUGAAGCAAGUCCAGCAGCCGAGUGCAGCCCAGCUGCGGUCGUCCAUGGUGGAUCCAGCCAUCAACUUGUUUUUCCUCAAAAUGAAGGCUGAACUGGAACAGACUAAAGACAAACUGGAGCAGGCCCAAAAUGAACUGAGUGCCUGGAAAUUUACACCUGAUAGCCAAACAGGGAAGAAACUGAUGGCCAAAUGUCGAAUGCUGAUUCAGGAAAACCAGGAGCUGGGGCGGCAGCUAUCGCAGGGACGAAUUGCCCAGCUGGAGGCUGAGCUGGCCCUGCAGAAAAAGUACAGCGAGGAGCUCAAGAGCAGUCAAGAUGAGCUGAAUGAUUUUAUCAUCCAGCUUGACGAGGAGGUGGAGGGGAUGCAGAGUACCAUCCUUGUCCUGCAGCAACAGUUGAAAGAAUCCCGUCAGCUGAUUUCUCAGUCUCAGGGGCUCUCAGCCGGAGCAGAGCCCAGCAGGACUUCACCCGCUGCUUCCAACUCAUCUGCUGAGCUGUCCACAAUACAGGAGCCCAGCGCUGCCUCUGAAGCAACAAGCAGAGACUACGGGAGGGUGUCCAAUGGUCCAAGCAAUGGUAAGUCAUCUCAGAGGAGGGAGACCACCACCCCACCCAACUUAUACCGGGAAGUCAGUAGCACUGAGGAAGAUUUCCCAAUGUCCCCCAUGGUGUCCAGCCCUGGUGACGCUGAGACCAAACUCUCCAACCACUCAUCGGAGGUCCCCGGCAGUCAGACUGCUUCCAGGAGAGCUGGAGGACCUGUGGGUUUCGGAAACCAGCUGAGUGCGGGCUACGAGAGCGUGGACUCUCCAACAGGCAGCGAGACGUCAUUAACUCAGCACUCGAAUGACACAGACUCGACCACUGAUCCCCAUGAAGACAAGACUGCCUUGGUGACCAAAGGCGCUAGGACUGCAGGGUCAAGGAACACUCAGAAUGGCCUGGAGGGCAACACGAACGCUGGUGCCGAUUUGUAAUGUACUUUAGAAAGUACUGUCUUUUUUUGUCUUUUUUUUAUACAAUCUACAAACAAGACAAAAGCUAAAUAGUAUGUGAUGCAGCACUGCUGUCCAAGAAGUUUUUUCACUCUUGUCCCAUUGUGUAUCUUGAUGCCUUUGUUACAUUUGUGUAGCUUAACAGGGAUAUAACAACAAACACUAAAUGUUCAAUUUGAAUUGUGUGGGAUUUAUGUUUAAAAAAACUUGAGGUUUCACUGGUGUUUAUUUGGGCACAUCAUCUAUGCCGUUAAGCUCAUGACACUGAAAUCCAGCAUCUGGUGUUGUUAAUCAUUUCAAAAGGUGUUUGAAUGACAGUAGUUUCACCAAUACAAAGAAAGCAAGAACGUCAUUUUUAUGUUGGCCUCUUUUUUUUUUUUUUUUUUUUUACUUGGUUGGUUUUUUUAAAUACAAUUUUUGUUUUAAAUUGGAAAAAGUUAUGUUUGAUAGACUUCUAAAAUGUGAGUUCAUAUGUGUCAUUCAUAUUCUGACUUCAACCCUUUUAUGUACUGACCAAAAACAAUAAAGAUUUCUAAUACUUUGA